UUGAAAGAUGGAAUCUCAGAUCAAGCACGCAGUUGUGGUGAAAGUGAUGGGCAGAACCGGAUCUAGAGGGCAGGUCACACAAGUGAGAGUGAAGUUUCUCGAUGACCAGAACCGUUUUAUUAUGAGGAACGUUAAAGGACCUGUCAGAGAAGGUGAUGUUCUUACCUUGCUCGAGUCGGAGAGGGAGGCCAGGAGGUUGCGUUGAUUUCACCUUCUUCUCGUCAUCACAAAAUCACUGGUUCAAUUUUAACAUUCAUGGCUUUACUUUUGAGGCAUGUUUGAUUUUUAAACUUCGUGAUGCUAUAUGCUUGAUUUUGAUAAGAUAUGAUUAGAGUAAUUUGUGUUUGAGGUCAAAAUUUCAUCUCCAUUUGGUGUUUUUCUUAUGUCAUUACCUUUGGAAUAGAUAAUUGAUUCAAUGGUAGAGCAAUGCAUAUUGCUUUUAU